GUCGCUGCAGUGGGUCUGGAUGCAGCAGGUAAAACGACUCUGCUGUACAGGCUGAAGCUGGCUGAAGUCGUCACCACCAUCCCAACUAUCGGUUUUAAUGUGGAGACGGUGGAGUAUAAUAACAUCAGUUUCACAGUUUGGGAUGUUGGUGGUCAGACAAUCAUCAGACCUCUGUGGAGACAUUACUACACCAACACGCAGGGUCUGAUAUUUGUGGUCGACAGCAACGACCCCGAGAGGAUUAAAGAGGCUGCUGACGAGCUGCACAGGAUGGUA